CUAGCCUGUUAACCCGGCUACCGCUAGUACACCUUUUCACACCAAUUAUCUCUGUUGUACUUGCUCUAUAAACAUCAUGUCGGUUACGUCUCUGCCUUUGAGUGCAGGUGAGGACACGCUCGAGCUGCACUCGGCCAUGGAGAAGCAGAUCCGUGACCUACAGGUGAAGCAGGCCGAGCUGCGGGAGCAGAAAGCCGCGCUGGAAGCUCCCCGGUCGGUUGCUCACCUGUCUCAGGUAAACUCCAGGCGUGUAAUUACUACUCCCUCCACCUCUACUCCGUGUCUUUCUCUGUCCAGGCCCAACUCACCCAGGAAGGGGCCUGGCCAGGCGCUGUUCACUCCGGCGCCAGGGCACCGCGGAUCCUGGGUGCAGCAGCGGAGGACGCGUCCCGGGCCCCGGUCGAGGACCUCUCCCCCUCCACCGCUGCCGGUCUUCGAGAUCCCCACUGGGAACCGCUUCGCCCAACUUCGCGAGUUGGUCCACAACGCUAUGAUCAUUGGAGACUCCAUCGUCCGCCAGGUACCUAGGGUCGUGAGCAGAAACACCGGAACUGUGGUACUUCAUGCCGGCUCGAACGACACCAGCCUGAGGCAGUCGGAGAUCCUGAAGAGGGACUUCAACACCCUGGUGGAAACUGUUCGCACCACAGCGCCCACGGCGAGGAUCAUCGUGUCCGGACCGCUUCCAACGUACCAGCGAGGAAUUAAAUCCAAAAUUCUAUAGCCAUCCUUCACCUCAACACACUGACACAAAUGCACACAUAGCUCAUCCGAUAGAAACUGUGUCUGUUCCCCGAGUAGUGAGAUCAAAAAAUUAAUACGUGAGAAAUUCUCAAAAUAAUCUUACUGCAAUCAGACCAGAAAAAUGCCAAAGAAACAUACAAAAACAGUUCCUAAAGUUUGGGCUCCUGAACAUUAGAUCACUUGCACCUUUGGGGUUGUAUUGCAGCCAAUGGCAUGAGGAACAUUUUUUGGGUAUAGGGAAGAAUGAAUUCAAUUAAAUUCUGGAAGCAAACAUAACACAAUCUGUAAAAAAGCUGAAGUUGAAAAGAGGAUGGCUUCUACAAAUGGAUAAUGAUCCCAAAUACACCUCAAAAUCCACGAUGGACUACCUCAAGAGGCGCAAGCUGAAGGUUUUGCCAUGGCCCUCACAGUCUCCUGACCUAAACAUCAUUGAAAAUCUGUGGAUAGACUUCAAAAGAGCAAACGGCCCAGGAAUCUUACAGAACUGGAAGACUUUUGUAAGGAAGAAUGAGCAAAAAUCACUCAAACAAGAAAUGAAAGACA